AUGGCUUCCCUCCUGUGCUCUCUCAUCCUAUUGAUGGGCUCUCUCUUCCUCAGCUCCGCAGCCGAAGCUCCCAUGUACAGUCUGUGCAACAGGGAGAGAAACUACACCGACAACAGCACCUACCAGGCUAACCUCGCUAGCCUCAUCUCUUCCCUCUCUUCGUCCGCACCUGCCACCGGCUUCGCCAACGGCACAGCCGGCGAGGUUCCCGACAGGGUUUAUGGCCUCGCGAUAUGCCGAGGGGACGUCGAUGCCAACAAGUGCCGGGAUUGCCUCUCCAGAGUCAUCCAGGAUGCCGCAGCGGGAUGUCCUAGAAACAAGGGCGCCACCAUCUUCUACCAGUUGUGCCAUCUUCGUUACUCCGACCAGUACUUCUUCGGCUCGUCCACAGGGAUGGAAUUGUCCACGAUUGUACUGAAAAACGUCUCGGACGUGCCCACCUUCAACCGCCUCCUUGGGGGGCUCCUUAACAACCUGACCAUACGCGCGACCUUGUCGGAGAGGAGAUUCGCCGCCGCGUCGGUGGACUUCACCAACUUCGAGAAGAUAUACGCUUAUGUCCAGUGCACCAAAGAUUUAGCGCCGGACAGCUGCAAUGAUUGUCUGCGAAAUGAGAUCAGCGCUAUUCCCCAGUGCUGUAACGCGAGCAACGGAGCGAGAGUGUUCGGCGGGAGCUGUGACAUCCGGUACGGUGUGGAUCCCUUCUAUAAUGCCGCCGCCGCCGCCGACCCGCCGCCGCCUCCUUCCCCUCCGGUACCGGCUAAUACUUCUCCGCCGCCCGCCGGGACUCCCGCCGAAGGAGGUAAAGGCUAAGUUUGUUGCCAUGUUUCUUCGUCUUUGUCCCAUUUCCUUAUCUAGGAAUUUGAAAGAAACUUGCGAAGAAACUUCUAAGAGUAUUGACUUGGAUAUGAAUUCUGCUGGAGGUUCUCAGGUGCCUCAUUAACUCUAUUUUACUACUAUAUUUCGUUUCUCAUUAACUAGUUAACAUUCUCCUUCUCUUUUGGUGGUCGUGAGGGGUGGGUGUUUAUACUUUUCAGACCACAUUAAAUUCGUGGCAACUUUAUUUCAGCGAUUUAUCCUUCUCUUUGUCAUUUACUACGAAAAUGGAUGUUCUCUACUUGUGCUCCCUUCUUCUGCUGCAAUAUCAUGCCACACUGUGGGCUCAUCAGGUCCUAAUAAUCUGGUCUCCUUCCUAACAACAUCCAUAUGACGGGCUCUGUUUGAUCUUUUUCUUUAUUUUCACAUCCUAAUUCCUAUUUUUUGAUUUUUUUACAGUACCCACACGACUUCAUUUGCAGUGGAGUACAAAAAAAUUCGUUGAAGUGAAUCAUGAUUUGUCCAUUCUUUCUUUCUCAGAUAAAAAGAGCAACACUGUGACGCUAGUUGUGGCAAUUGCUGCUGCACUCGUUGUUUCUUUUGCAUUUCUGGCUACGAUAUGGGUUUGUAUACGGAGGAAAAGACGAAAUGAACUAAUUGGUAAGUUGACAACUAUUUAUGUCAUCAUUUUAUCUUUAAAAAAAAUCUGACACCGAAUGGGUUUAUGUAUAAGUGAUUUAUUUUCUAUUUUUGAAAGAUUUUUCUACUGAUUUAUAAAUGUUAUGUUCAGCAACUGGAAGAAGAGACGAUGGUGUGAAUCAAGAUGAUUCCUUACAAUUUGGUUUAGAAACUUUAAAGCUUGCUACAAUGAACUUCUGCGAUCAAAACAAGCUUGGUGAAGGAGGGUUUGGUGUUGUCUACAAGGUAAACUACUAAAUUAAAAAAAUAUUACUUAUUGUCAAGUUAUUAAACCAGAACCUUAUCAAACUGCGAAUAUAUUCUUAGAUAAUUAUACUUUUGUACCUUCUUAGACUAUCAUUGAAAUUUAGGUCUAAUUUAGGGGAUUAUCAUCUCAGCUAAGACUGAAUUAUCUGUAAAUUUUCAUUGAUCAUGGGUCUCUACAUUACAUAAUCAUUAAUAUUCAUAUGAUUUGUUCAGGGAGUGUUGGCAGAUGGGCAACUAAUAGCAGUGAAGAGACUUGUAACAAACUCUGGCCAAGGAAUAAGUGAACUAAAGAAUGAGGUUGCCUUAGUGGCCAAACUCCAACAUCGUAAUUUGGUAAGAUUGAUGGGUUAUUGCUUACAACCGCAAGAGAAGCUAUUGGUAUACGAAUAUCUGCCAAAUAAAAGCCUUGACAAAUUUUUAUUUGGUAUGCUUCUAACUCAUGAUACUUUUUAUUCUUCCUAAUAUCGUCCUAUCAGUUCAGUUUAGCAUUAUCUACUCACUAUUUAUUCGAUUGAUUUUCACGAAUCUUACGUAAAAUGGUUGUGUUUCAAGACGCACAGAAUGUGAAUCUAAUCGUGUUUUGUUUGCAUGGUAGAUCCAUUUAGAUCCAAGGAACUCACAUGGGAGAUGAGGGUGAAGAUCAUUGAAGGAAUUAGCCGGGGACUCCUCUAUCUUCAUGAGGAUUCUCGACUGAAGAUUAUUCAUAGAGAUCUUAAAGCUAGCAACAUAUUGUUGGAUGAAGGAAUGAAUCCAAAGAUUGCUGACUUUGGCUUAGCGAGGCUAUUUGGAAAUGAACAAAGUGAUGGAAACACUAACCAAAUCGCCGGAACAUAGUAAGUCUAAGCAACUAGUAUUUUUUUCAUAACUUAAGAUGCAUAAACAUAUGCAUACAGUUGUCAACACUUAGAUUUUAGACUGCAUCCAAAUAGAUUUAGUCCAUGAUUAGAAGUGAUAAGUCUAGAAAAUGAGCUCAAGGUUCAAUGUAUACUAAAAUAUUAGAUAUUAUGAUAGCCCUGAAUCAGAAGCGAGGGAAGGGCCAAAAUGUGGCGAAGAGGAGUAACCUUAUGUGUGUGAGACAGUGCCUUCUGUAUGUAGCCAUGCAGGCAUUUUUCAUCAUUUCAUACCUGCUGAUAGUACCCUCGCGGAUAUAAAUAUAGACUAAGUUUGCAAAAUUGUAGUAACUUUUUCAAAGACCAUGUUCAAUGUGCAUUUCAUAACUAUAAAUCAUGAGAAAACUUGACACACAUUGUGUACUUGUGAAAGUGGCUACAUGGCACCAGAGUAUGUGAUGCAUGGGCAGAUCUCAACAAAAUCAGAUGUCUAUAGCUUUGGAGUCCUACUUUUGGAAAUAAUGACGGGCAGAAGAUGUGCUGGUUACUAUGGCCGUAAUCCUCCAGCCGACCUUAUAAGCUAUGUAAGAAUGAUCAUAACCUCUGUGGCUACGUUCUAGCCAUCUACUUUGACAUCUCUUUGUGAUGAGCUUCUCCAUAGCUUUACUAUAUCUGGUAUAUUUCUAUAGAUCUGGCAGCAUUGGGAGGAAGGAAAUGCAGUACAAUUGAUUGACAAAGAUAUAGCUGAUGGUUUUUCGGUAGAAGAAGCAUUGAGGCGCAUCCACAUAGGAUUACUCUGUGUCCAACAUGACCCCCUGGAGCGUCCCAUAAUGUCCUUGGUGGUCCUGAUGCUCAACAGCCGCUCAUCUCUCCCAGCCAUAUCCCCUUUAUCAAGCUUCACCGAAGUAAGCACAAGUGUCAAUUGGGGCCCAGGAGCGACCAGCAAGCCAAUUGGCAUGCCCCCUAUGCCUUAG